CCCGGACCAAAUAAACAAACCAGCUGAAUGCCUGAAUAUCUGGCGCUAACCGGAUUCCGGAUUGUGUAAUUUUCCCUGCAAGCAUAACCUUGAUGAUAUGGAUUUCUAUUGUUUUUGGUAAAAAGAGAUUAUCUACAGUUUGAGGUUAGAGUCGAUUGUUUGUUUACAUGUUUGACGCACUUGAACAAUAACAACAUGAAGGACGAAGAGUACAAAAAAAUUGUCAAGACGAUACAAAAUUAUCGGGGUCUAUCAAGAGAAUGUGCCAACAUGUUGCUUGCAAAAUACAAAAGUUUUCCCCCAACGACAUUGUACGGCAUAUUGUCGCAAGAGAUUAAAAAAAAGAUGACAAUGUUGCAUUGGAAAGUGUUUGGUAAAGGCACUAAUUUUUAUGGAAAUUAUUUAGAAGCUGCAAAGAAGCAAGAACAGUCCUCUAAUAAAUCUUCAAUUCUGCUAAAAACAGCAAUUAAGCAUGAUGUGUGUCCUUCACUGUUGGCUCGAAAAGUAUUGGAGGAGUAUUGCAAUCUGAAAGACAGUAAAAUAACCAAACAAGAUAUUAGCAAGAUGAUGAGAGAUACCACAUUAAUAGAAGACAAAGAUCUGGCUUAUGAUAUUUACAUGUGUAUCUUGUAUGAUGAUCAAUAUGGUCCAAUCAGUAGUGCAAUCGAUGAGUCCGUUGGAGAGGAGUAUGAAAUGAAACUGGAAAUUCAUUUAAAGGAACACAACAUACCAUUUUACAAUGAAAAUCAUCUUCGUUCUAAAGGGUACGAUAAAACACCUGAUUUCAAAUUAGAAAUUCCGAUAGCCGUAAAUGGUUUCGUUGUAAAUUGGAUUGAAUCAAAAGGCCAGUUUGGAAGCCCUAAAAAUCAUCAAACUUACAUAAAAGAACAGUUUUCCAGUUAUUGGAAUCGGUUUGGUCCAGGAUUAGUAAUUUAUUGGUUUGGUUAUGUAGAUAGUAUCGUUCAAGCAAGUGAGACAAAAUUCAUUAUUAUGGAUCAUUUUCCUACAAACAUUCAAUACAUGAAUCCAAGUUCCCUGAGGAGCUAA